UUCCCUUCGCUCAACGGGUAGUGCGACGUGUUAGUGUUUCGAUCCGCUGGGUUUCUUGACGUUUGUGAUAGUUUUUAAAGUGAAUAAUGUGAUUGUGUAGUUCGUUAUGGCCUAUAAAUACCGUGAAGAUUUAGUUGGCAAACGAUUUCUCUCUGUGAGUGGUGUGACGAAAAUUAACGUGAAUAAAGUUUCCGAAUGGGGUUGGAAAGCUGGUGUUAUCAGGGCAGCUUCACUGAAAGAUAACAAGAAUAAGGAACUUCAGGUUUUAGUGGAAUACGAUGGUGUGGACUGGCAACGUCGCGAGUGGGUAGCAGUGUAUUCCCGUAGGACGUUUCGCAUUUUUUUAGUGGAAAGAACUUUAGUGUGGGCGCCUAGAAAUUAUGAAGGAAAAGAAGUAAAGUGGCCAGCUUUGACGUUUACGCCACUGGCUGCCGAUGUGACCCUGCAAGCGGAUGCACAGCCCGUGGAAUUUCUUCACGACCAGUGCUUGUCCUUUCUGGACUAUGCUAACUUGCAGCCAUAUCAGGAAUGGGAUGCUCGGCUCGCUGGUUCUGAAGCAGGGGUCAACGAGGUUACCCUAACUGCGCUAUGUACAGAAGCGUCCGAAUGGCGAACAGCGCAGGAUGGUCAGCGUAUACUGACCACUACCCCGUCAGUGCUGGGUGGCUGUCGAGCACAAGUCUAUCGUGCUGCCGGUGCCACCCAGUGGUAUACGGCUGUGAUCGUCGGCAUCAAUGAACAUACUGGUGAAUUGACGGUGACAGAUGACACAGUUCUGGAGGAACAUAGCGAAGACCCUUCUCUAGUUCAGAUGAGACUCCUCGGCGAUGGAGUUAUCGAAUCAAUAAUGAGGGGAGAGGUGGUGGGCGUAAUGCCGAGGAGAUCACGUUCGAAUCUUCAGAGAAUAGACCGUGAGAGUACGAAGAGUCCGGCGACCACUGGAGGAAGGAAGAAGGCAGCUGUGAAAAGUAACGGACAGAUUUCAGCAUCUGACCCACCACCGCAGCCAGCAGGUUCAUCUCCAGAACGUGAAUCCGGCGAGAUUAACAAAAAAGGUGUUGCUGUAAGUGUGAGUGCGAGUGAUGUCGUCGAUGUCAGUGACGAAAACGACAAGUGUGUGAAACAAGAGGAAGUGAAGCUUGAAGUGUGCACCAAUAGUGAGGGUGAAGUGCGGAGUGAAGUGACUGGUGGUGCAGGCGCGGAUGGUGUUGCCAGCGCCGUGGCCUCCGAGGAGGACGACUGUGUGAUAGUGUGCGCGCGCGAUGCGGACGAGAGGUCCGACUCGGGCGUGAGCGGGGUGCGGUCCGGCGGGUCGGCCAGUUCAGUCGAGGAGCGGGAGUGGCGCGGUAUGGCGCACGGUUAUGGCGGCGGCCCCCCUCCGCCCCUACUGCACCUGCCUCCGCCGCCGCCGACGCUCUACCCCACCCUGCUGUGGAAGCAGCAGCACACGCCGACGCCGAUCCACGGGCCGCUGCACCAUGCCAUCCCUGAUGACUACCUGGCGGCCACGUACGAUAGAGAGAGACAUGAAAGACUGCUACAAGAACGAAGGGAACAGGAGAAAAGGGAAAUAUUGGAAAAGCAGCAGAAAGAAAGAAAGGAGAGAGAACGGAUAGAGCAGGAGCGGGAGAGGGAGAGAGAACGGGAAAAACAGGAGAGAGAAGAAAAAGAGAGGAGAGACCAGGAGAAUGCAGCCUCGAAACUCGUCACCAGGCAUUUCGAGGAGUCGUUCCGGUUAGCUAACCAGAAGAGGGAGCGUAGCAUGUCGUGGUCGCUGCUGAACAGCAUUCCUCCACCGGGUCGUGCGGCUGGGCCAGAACACGAACGUUUAAGAGCGGCUCCACCCGACCGCGCCUACUAUUCACCUCCUGCGCAUCCUUCCGCGCACCCUUCCCAUCCUUCCCCUCGCGCACCAGCUCCCUCCCCCGCGGAUUACUGUUCCCCACAUGCGCGACUUUCCAUUUCAUCCAAACCUGAAAAACCCGCGCCACAUCCUUCUUUACCUAAGGGCGAACCUAAUUUUGCACCAUAUAAUUAUCCUCCUUAUAGAUCAUAUGAUAAACUUAAAGAACAACAUUUACCGGCACCACCGCCCUUGGUACCGGAAAAAAAUUCUGUGAUAGUCAAGCACGACGCCAAACAGAUCCACUUGGAGCAGAAGCACCCGUAUCCCAGUAAGCCCAGGAGUGAACCUUCACAUUACCUUCCUUCAAGACCGUACCGGACCGGUCUGUCACCGCAUGCGCCGCCCCAUCCACAUCCAGUGCUCCAAACUUCGCCACAUGCAGCGUUGCCAGCGCAAGAUAAAAAUAAUAGGCGGUUAUAUCAACCUCCUCCACAACGGUCCCCAGCUUAUUACCAAACGGCACCACAGGCCAAACCAAAGGUGUCCAGCCCGGCGCCGCAACAUAUAUAUGGCAAACCUAGCAGUAACUCACCUAGUCCCGCACAUUAUGCUGUCGCUGUCGAGCCGUCUCUGCAGUUACCAAAAACAGAGCCACCGCCAGUGCCGUAUCCGCCACCGUCCGCGUAUUCACCUGCGCCUCGGACGCGACCACCGCCAGUGGCACACUGUCGUACGCCCGAACCUCGACCGCCGCCGCGCGCUCACGGUGACACUAACGCGCCGUCGCCGUGUCAAACUCAACCGCUAGACCUAGGCGUUACUCGUGAUGACCCUGACAGGUUAUCACCGCGUCGCCGGUACCCCUUCGAGCCUGCCGACGCGGAGACGAAGCGGCGGCGUCUCGAAGAUUUGCCGGCGCCGGAGCCGUUGAUCGCAGCGGCCGCAAGCGUCGGUAGGACGCCACACGGUUCGGAGCCGGCACCACAGGCACCCGGUCCGCCUUGCGACGUCCGCGUUCCCUCUGCGGACGGCAGUGUCGAAACACCCGAACGUGCCGCCGGCGCUUCACCUGCACCUCAACUGACGCCGGCGGCCAGUCCGGCGCCAGCCACGCCGGUGCCCCCGUUGGCCGCGUCGCCGGCGGGCGCUGCUGCCCCACCGGCCGCGCCGACGCCGCCUGCGCCCCCAGCUACCCCGCCCGUCACGCCUCUCGCCGAAGUAGAAACUCCAGCAAAGUCCGCUUCACCGCGUGAUGGUUCCGCACCAGUUCGUCACCUCGGUAAGAAAGCGUGGUUGCAACGACAUGAAACCGCGCCGAUCGGCGAGGGGGACUGUUCCGGUGGCGGUGGAACUUGCAUCACACUCCCAAUGACGAUUACAAGGGUGUCGGAACCCGAUGACUCCAGUUCUAAUAUAGUAGUACCUGUAGCAGCGAAGUCCAUCCAGCGGAGUGCUCGCAAAACAUCGAAGCCGCGAAAGCCAAAGGAAAUGAACGGCCGCGUCGACGACGCCGAGGAAGACAGUUCGAGUUCAGACAGAGAAACGGCGGCGCCGCCUAAAAGGAAGCCGCCAAAGGCGAAACGGAAAAAAGGUAUUGUGGCGCGAAAAACUGGGGACGAACCUAAGAAAAAGAAGGCCUCAGAGAGUGGUAGCGAGAGUGAUAAGGAAAGCGAUGACAAAGAUUCGGAUUCUGGUGGUAGUGGGAGUGGGAGUGGCAGUACGUCGAGCAAGCGUGGGGGCGGAGGUCGCGCGCGGGGCCGGAGAUCAAGAGGAGCGGGCAGCGGCCGUGGGGGGCGCCGCAAGGACGACCCCCCGCGACGCGGGUCCGCCGCCGCGCACUCGCGGCCCAGCAACGAGUCGUUUUUGCAAAACGGGCCGUGCUUCGAGGUGGCGCCGCGGCUGGCCAAGUGCCGCGAGUGCCGGUGGUCGCCGGCGCAGCGGGACAAGGACAUGCCGAACAUCUUUUGCCGUUUCUACGCUUUCCGAAGACUGAAAUAUGCCAAGAAUAGGCAAUUAGCUAUAGCCGGGUUUUCGGACCCAUACAAGGAUGCAGAGGAGGAGGAUAAGAAACUAUGGCUGUCAUCAUCCGCCGGUGCGGCGGAAUUAGAUAUAGAAAUGAGUUGCUUCCUACUUAGGGAGAUUGGAGACCAGUUCUGUGAACUGUUACAACAGGAGAAAGAGGCCGAAUCACAUCAUUUAAAUGAUGACAAGACAAUAGCGUGGAAGCGCGUAGUGCAAGGUGUUAGAGAAAUGUGUGACGUGUGUGAGACCACACUGUUCAAUUUCCAUUGGACCUGCGGCAAAUGCGGGUUCGUCGUAUGUCUUGAUUGUUAUAAGUCACGGACAUCAGGAGAAUCAGCCAAUGCUACUAACGAGUCAAACAGUACAUCGAAUGCCAGCAGUAAUGGCGAGAGAGAUUCAUUUGGUUGGCUGACGUGCACGGCGGGAGGUGCGCAUCCGGCGCGGCGGCUGCUGCUGACGCAGAUCGCGGCGGGUGGAGCGCUGGCGGCGGCGGCGACGCGUCUGCACGCGGCGCGCGCUGCCUGGGCACUGCCGGGCUGCGGCUGCGGCGUCGCCGGCGACGCACCGCCCGCACGCCGCGCACGCGCCCGCCACCUGCUGCAGCGGGCCCUGCAAAAGAACGUAAAAAAAGAAGACGUUAAAGAAGAAAAUGUUUCCACCAAUGGAUCGUCGCCUGUUAAAUCUGAAAAUGGCAAGACAGGCAGUUCAGUAGUUAGCUGGCUCACGGAUGUCCCACUGAAGACCGAGACAAAGGACGAGAAGUCAGACAGCAGUUCCUCUGAUUCCGAAGAGGGUGGUGGUUUCUCGACGUUGAGGGAGUUGCUCAUACGACCAGCCCCAGAAGGUGGUGACACUCAACCCAAAAAGAAGCAGAAGAAAAGCAAGAAUGAUUUCUUGAGCGACGUUAUCUCCAGUGUGGUAGAUGAAAAGAAAGACGAGGAUGAAGAUGUGAAACCAUUCGCGCUCUCGAAUGUGGUGAAGCGAUACGACAGGAGUGGCCGCAGCAGGGAGGAGCUGCCUGUCAGAAUUAUGACGCUUACAGAGUCCAAAUUACUGUAUCCUGACGUACCACAUGCGUGGCUUUGCGACGGCCGCCUCCUACACCUAACUGAUCCCAGUCACCCUGGAAACUAUAAACCUUUCCAGGACCAGUGGAAGCGUGGUCAACCAGUUCUAGUCUCAGACGUGUCGAGUCUCCUCGACAAGAAUCUUUGGAGUCCAGAGAGUUUCUCCCGUGACUUCGGCGACACACGAGUGGAUUUAGUCAAUUGUGCAUCCGGUUUAGUAGUACCGAAUCAGCCGGCCAGAAAGUUCUGGGAUGGAUUCGAACUAGUCAAUAAGAGACUUCGUGACGAACGUGGUGCUCCGAUGGUGCUCAAAUUAAAAGACUGGCCACCCGGCGAGGACUUCGCUGAACUUCUUCCCGCGCGUUUCGACGAUCUCAUGCGGGCGUUACCCCUCGGUGAAUACACGUCGCGAAAUGGCAAGUUGAAUUUAGCCGCCCGCCUACCGGAAUGCUUCGUCCGCCCAGAUUUAGGUCCCAAGAUGUACACGGCUUACGGUGGCGCCGGAGGUACCACCAAUCUACAUCUAGACGUGAGUGAUGCAGUCAAUGUAAUGGUCCACGCAAGCGCGCCCGCGGACGCACCUGAUCGCGCGAGAGAAGCGGCUAAAGCGGCCGAAGAAGCUGGCGUCGACGUACUGGCGCGGCGGAGGGCGCGAGUCAAGCCUCCAGCAGCCCUCUGGCACAUCUACGCGGCUAAAGAUGCGGAUAAAAUUCGCGAUUUUCUUGUCCGCGCAGAGUUAGAGCGAGGAGCUAGACCGAGGGCCCAACAUGAUCCGGUACACGAUCAGACGUGGUACUUGGACGCGGCGUUGCGUGAACGACUAUACCGGGAGUAUGGAGUGGAGGGCUAUGCGAUACUACAGUGUCCCGGAGAUGCCGUCUUUGUACCCGCUGGAGCUCCGCAUCAAGUUCGAAACCUAUUAGACUGCAUCAAAGUCGCAGAAGAUUUCGUAUCCCCAGAGAACGUUUCUCGAUGCUUUGAGCUUGCGCAGCAAUUCCGGCGAUUAUCGCGCCAGCACUCCAAUAAAGAGGACAAGUUGCAAAUAAAGAAUAUUGUGUACCAUGCAGUUAAAGAUUCCCUGUGCUGUUUAGAGGAAGCGCUCGCCGAAGCCAAGUGAAGCCGAGCCGACCUUCCGCAUUUGAUCUCAACCUCGACGUAACAUUAAUUGCUAAGUUCCGCAUUUAAACGUAAGAUUGGGAGCGAGUGUGAUACGCGCUGUGCGCCGUUUCGUGUAUAAGAUGCCAUUUUUAAGCGUCCGAGUGGAUUGUGUACCAGUUGUGUGUAAAUGUACUCGAAAUGUGAUUUAGUCCGACGGUCGCGAUCGGAGUAUGUGCAAUGUAAAUUAGUCUGAUUAUGGUGAUAUCGUUGAGAUGUGGAUAUGUUUUAUGUUCCUUAAUUGAUACAAAUAAACUUUUCUGGUUAUUUACAGCUUAAAUGUAGUUAUAGUGAUAUGUAUGUAUUGUGUAAAUUUUUAAUUCGAAUUCCAUCGAGUACAUAAUAAGAAGUGUAUUUACCUUUAAGUUAUUGUAUUGAAACAUAUUCGCUCGAAGCAUUGUACAUUAAAAUACGGCGUGUAGAUAAGUUUCUCCUAUAUUAAUUUCUCAAUUUGGUUAGAAUGUUACAAAAUGAUAGUUAAAGUAUGUGACAAUUUAAUUUUGUCCUUAUUGCUGUAUUAGAAGAAAGCAAGUUUUUUUUGUACUGUGUAUAUUAUGUAUGGUUAUAAGUUGGAAUAAAAAAAAAAGAUGUUUAUA